AUGGACUUUUGUAAUGGUUCAAGUGAAAUAAGAAUAACUUUCGUCGACGAUGAUGAGGAUCUCGAAUGUGCCGCUGAAGUGGUAAUCUUAGUCCAGCACCGCUCCCAAGAAGCAUCAGAGACCACUUCACCGCACUUUAAGAGCAAACCGCGCAAGCAGACGCCCCACAGCCGAGUCGAGACUGAAGAGUCGAGUCGCAAGAGCUCGCCGCGGCAAGCGCUGCUAAAUACUGGCCAGAAU